UACGUCUAAAUGUUUUAAUAAGAUAUGCGCAUAAAAUACCAUGCCAUAAUUCCACGAUGUACUAAGAUCUUAAAAAUACAUCAGACCAAUAUCUCAAAUCGAACAGAAGUUACUUUAUCAUACAAAAUUAUAGGCGAGUAUCACGACACGGUACCUAUAGUAUUAUUCCACGAGUUAUUAGGAUGCAAGAAACACUGGGAGAGCUUAGGAAAAACUAUGCUCAAUGUGAUGAAGAGGUCGGUGAUCGCUGUAGAUUUGAGAAACCACGGCGAUAGUCCACACGUGAGCUCCCAUAAGUAUGAGGAGAUGGCAUCGGAUGUAUUACAACUAUUCAAAAAACUAUCAAUAAAUAACGCCUGUCUUGUAGGGCACAGCAUGGGCGGUAGAACUUGCAUGUGCUUAUCAUUAAUGGCGCCGCAUCAAGUAUCUGAGCUUAUCGUCGUCGACACAUCGCCAAUAUCGACAACAUCUCAUUUAACGGACUAUUAUCCUAAAGUUCUAGCAAAUAUGAAGGCUGUGGACUUUAAACAUUCAAAAACAGUGAGCAAAGCAAGAAAAGACGCUAAAAGAGACUUGAAACAAUCAAUUACAGAUGAUACCACUUUAUUCGUAGUGUUGUCCAAUGUGAACAUAAAAAAAGACGGGACCAUAGGUUGGACGUGCAAUGUGGACGUUCUCAUAAAACAUUUCAAAGAUAUAGCAAUGUUUCCAAUAAGCACGAGGAUGAAAAGAUAUAACGGACCAACUUUAUUCAUUGGAGGACAGUUUUCAGAAUAUAUACCGACCGGACGAUUUGACGGGAAUUCGGACACUGUUUCCGCAAGCAGUUAUCCAAAUAUUCAACUCAAUUCAAUAGAGAAUGGAAUGGAUAUAUUGUACUUUCGAUAUUAUGUUUCUUCUUCAAUGAAGUAUAUUUAUAACAUCAGUCAUAUCCGUAAAAGGUCAGCCGUUGAUUUAGCUCAUAUAAUCCACGGCAAGAAGCCUAAAGAAGGUACACCAAUAUUUAUAUUACAUGGAUUAUUGGGCGCAAAAAAAAAUUGGGAGAGUAUGUCGAAAAAAAUUGCUUCUAGUAUGCAAAAAUCUGUAAUAGCUAUAGAUGCUCGAAAUCAUGGAGAAAGUCCACAUGAUCCGUCGCAUACUUAUCUCAACUUAGCUUCUGAUGUUGUUCAGUUAAUGAAUAAAUUGUCAGUGAAGCAAAUAGAUAUUAUUGGACACAGCAUGGGCGGAAGAACCGCGAUGGUGGUUGCUUUAACUGAGCCAUUGAAAAUAUCACACUUGGUCGUAGUUGAUAUAUCGCCAGUGCCCACGACUAUUGUUUUGGACAGUGUCUUUCCAAAACUCCUAGAUUUUAUGAAAACCAUUAAAUUCCACUAUUUUAAAAACUUAGUUGAGGCGAGAGCUGAUGUUAAGAAAAAACUUAUGGCUUCGGGAGUUAUUGAAAAUGAAGGAAUGUCAAAUUUUAUCCUUAUGAAUAUUGGCACAAAACCGGAUAAGUCUAUCGGUUGGAAUUGUAAUAUACCUGCAUUGAAAGAGAACUUUAAAUACAUUGCAACGUUUCCGACUGAAGUAUCAGGAAAACAAUAUUCAGGACCCACUUUGUUUAUUGCUGGAAAAGAGUCUAGUUACAUUCUACCUUCACACAUUGAUACCAUUUUAAAGUAUUUCCCAAAGGCAGAGCUCAAGUAUGUUCCAGGAACGGGACAUAAUGUGCAUGCUGAAGACCCUAGCACAUUCUAUAACUUAGUCACACAAUUCCUAUCUAAAUAA